CUUAUUCCCCCCUCCCUCUCUGCAGUACCCCUGUUGCAGACGGUACUUGUCAGCGCUGGUCAAUGUGACUCGGUGUUUAAAGGUUUCUCAGACUGUCUGAUUCAGUUGGGGGACGACAUGGCCAACUAUCCCCAGGACCUGGACGACAGAGAGAACUUGCACAAGAUCUGCACAUACUGGGAUAACUUCCAUUCCUGUGCCACGACGGCACUGGCCGACUGCCAAGAGGGAGCAACGGACCUCUGGGAAAAACUGAAAAAGGAGUCCCGCAGCCUGAAUUUCCGUGGGAGUUUGUUUGAACUCUGUGGCGGAGGCAACGGAGCGCCCAGAUCCGCCGACGCCAGGGGCCUCAGCUUGCUCUUAACCGCUCUGCCUAUCAUACUGACUUGGCUGGCGUUUUAACCCAUAUGAGAAGAAACAGAAAGCGAAAGAAAUGAAACACAAGAAAAUAUGUCCAAC